CCAUAACAAACCUUAUAAAUAUAUCAUCUAUUUUCGUUAUUACGUCAAAGUGUAGUGCUUAUUUGUGAUUUUAAAUAUUUUACAGUAAUUCCAGUACAAGGAUAAGGAAAAAGGGGAAAUGAUUAGAGAUAUGUUAUAAUAAUGACAAUAUCAAUGAAGGAACAAGAUCAGAUGCCCGGGGACAUGGCGUUCCCUGAGGCAAAAUUAAAAGCACUAGAAGAAAAAAUCUCACAUCCUCGUUGGGUCGUGCCUGUUUUACCUGAACAGGAAUUAGAAGCUCUUUUAAUAGCUUCCACUGAGCUAGCUUCUAAAGGAGAGGAUCUAAACAAUCCUGCAUGUCAAAGAUUUUAUAGUGAUGCUUUAACGGUAUCAUUUACAAAAAUAUUAACUGAUGAUGCAGUAUCUUCUUGGAAGAAUAACAUUCAACAAUGUGUGCGAUCAAACUGUGAGAAGUUGGUCAAGUUAUGUGCUAUGAAGUUGGAUGAUCCUAGAUUCUUACAUCUACUCUACAUGGCAUUUAAUCCGAACAACAAAUUUCAUACAUUUAAUGCAUCAAGAUCAUGUGAAGGUUUAUCAGUUGCAAAUGUUUCAACAACUUCUGGGCAAGGUUCAGCACAGGAGCCAGAAGUGUUUGCUAAAUCACAAGAUCACCGGACCCCACGAGGUUGGCUGGUUCAUCUUAUUAAUGUAUUUGGCCAAGCGGGAGGUUUUGUUAAGCUAAGGGAACGAUUUGAAUCUAUUAUGGGCUUUAAAAAAUCUGAUUUGACAUCUUCUAUCAUUAGUGAAGAAAAAGUUUUAAGUGAAGUAAUGGAAAAAGAAAAUGAAGAAAGUAAAUCAAAUGUAACUGAAAGUAUUAUUUCUACAACAGAAAGUAUGGAGAACUCAUUAACAAGAAAUGAACAACCAUCCUCAUUAGAGCAGUCUACAACUGGAGAAACACGCUUAGCUGCUGUAUGGCAAUUAUUACGUCCCUUAGGCCUUUGCCAUGAUCUACUUACUCCACAUACUGUUACUGUUUACCUCUUACCUGUGCUGGAAUGCAUUCCAACGUUGCUUGAAAGUUUAACAGAUGAUGAAUUAAAAAGGGAAGCCCGCGGCAGUGAAAAUAAAACAGACACAGUAUCAUGUUUAAUUAGAGCUUGCAAGUGUGUUUCUGUUAAAACUCCACAACAUAACAGCUUAUUGAAGUCUUUAGAAAUGUUUCGGCUGAAGAUGAUUCUGCGGCUAUUACAAAUGUCGUCAUUCAAUGGAAAAAUGUCAGCUUUAAAUGAAAUAAAUCAAUUAAUUGGUAUAAUUUCACAUCAACCUAAAACAGAGUGGCUCACACCGGCUGUCAUUACGAACUGGAUUAGAGAAAAUAAAGUAGUAGACAUUGUGUUAAGGGAUUCUCUUCAUCAGCCUCAAUAUGUUGACCGAUUAGAAAAAAUGUUAAGAUUUAUGAUCAAAGAAAAUUCCUUAACACGGGAAGAUUUGGAUGCAAUAUGGAGAGCUCAACAUGGCAAACAUGAGGCGAUCGUUAAGAAUCUUCAUGACCUGCUCGCAAAGCUCGCGUGGGAUUUCACACCUGACCAGCUAGACCACCUGUUUGAUUGUUUUAAGGCAAGUUGGGCAACAUCAACUAAGAAACAAAGUGAUAAAUUAUUAGAAGUUAUUAGAAGACUUGCAGAAGAUGACAAGGAUGGUGUAAUGGCAAAUAAAGUCUUGGUACUGUUUUGGAAUUUAGCACACUCGGACGAAGUUUGCACAGAAAUCAUGGACGUAGCACUGGCAAAUCUCAUAAAAAUACUGGACUAUAGUUGCAGUCAGGAGCGAGAUGCUCAAAAAACUUUGUGGCUUGAUAAGUGCGUCGAGGAGCUGAAGAGCAACGACCGCUGGGUGCUGCCGGCGCUGAAGAUGAUGCGCGAGAUCUGCUGCCUGUACGAGGCGGGCGCGGGCUCGGCCGUGCGGCCGCACGUGACGCGCCAGGAGCUCAUCGACCGCCUGCAGACGCAGCACUCGCUCGUCAUCCUCGUCACCGACUCGCUCACGCACUACAUGGACGCGGUGCGCACCAAGCUGGCAGAAGAGAAUGAAAUAGAUUGGGAAAAUUGGCUACCUGAUGGAAGGUACCCUCAUGCGGCGCAAGUUCAUGAACGAUUAAGCUUCCUUCGAUUUCUUCUUAAGGAUGGACAACUAUGGCUUUGUGCUGAGCAAGCAAAACAAAUUUGGAUAUGUUUAGCUGAAAGACCGGCUCAUUUGGGAGAUCGUGAAGCUUGCUUUCGAUGGUUUAGUAAACUAAUGGGAGAGGAACCUGAUUUAGAUCCUAAUAUUAAUUUGCAUUUUUUUCGUCGAAAUAUAAUGACACUGCCGCCUAAUUUAUUGACUCAUUCUGGAAUAAAGUGCUUUGAAAGAUUUUUUAAAGCAGUUAACUCUAAAGAAGGUAAACUUAAAGUAAAGCGACGUAGUUUUUUAUUAAAUGAUGCUGAUCUCAUAGGAUUAGAUUAUUUAUGGAGGGUGAUAACGGAGUGCGAUGACGAGAUCUCAGCUCGGGGCACGGAGCUGCUGCGCGAGGUGUGCACGUGCACGGGCCCGCAGCUGUCGCCGGCGCAGCACCACGAGGCCUUCCUGACGCACUGCUGCGCGCGCACGCAGCGCCUGCAGCGGGAGAUGGACGGGGGCGACGCCGUAGAAUGUUGUACAAGGAUGUGUAGAGUAAUUCGUGCCAUACAGGAAUAUAUAAACGAAUGUGAUAGAAGAUUUACCGCCGAGCGACAAAUUCUUCCAAUUUAUAGAUCGGGUAGAGGCAGACAAUGUACUAUUAUAGUAAGAUUUAACUUUCAAACGGGCCAAAGACAAAUUGAAGAUACUGAACUAUUCUCACACUCAAACGAAACAUUACAUACAUUACGGGCUGCAGUUCAGAGAAGGUUAAAAUGUGCAUCUGAUAGUAAUAUUAAAUUAGAAAUGUAUAUAAAUAAGUUAGAAUUGUACGUAAAUGGAGAACUUUUGGACACAAGUUAUGACCGUAAAAUACUGUCCCAAAUACCUCUACGAGACAAAACUGUGAUUGUUGCUAAGGUAUAUGAUGGGCAAGUCUGUGGUAGUGGUGGUUGUGGGUCUUCAAAUGAAUCGAGCAGUGAUUCGAGCACGUCGUCUCCGCCGCUGCCGCCCACACCUGAACAUGCAUUGCCGGGAGUCCUAUUUGCGCAAGGCUCGUGGUAUCUUCCAUUUAUAUUAGAUUUGGAGCAUGUUGGUAUUACGAAAGGACAUGCUCAGUUAACUGAAGCGGCACAUCUCUUGUCACAAAUUUGUCCUAGUCAUAAACAAACGAUGGAGAAAUUAACAGAAGCUCUACUGAGUCGAGAUGAUACUAAAUUAAGAGAUAUGUUGUAUGGACCUGCUCCACCUACUGUUGCAUACAAUGUAGAGGUGUUAUACAGCAUGGUAAUGCCGUCAUCGGAUACGAGACUAGAACGCAACCGCAGUUUUCAGUUAGCGUGCGUGAAGAAGGCUCCCUUAUUAGUCCAGUGCUUAUCUGAUAGUGAAUUCUUAAAAGAUGCAGCGCCUCACACCCGAAGGGUCGGUUAUUUAGCUCUUGUACGAUUAGCAAAAUUAGCGCUGUACACUUUAGGACAUCUUUUUGAAAUCCUUGCGCCUGAUGGUUCUGAUACUUCUGUUGAUAAAGAAUUUCGCAUGGAUGUUACAAUAUUAAGAGAGGCUUUGCAGACGGUUCCCAAUCAUAACUGUGAGCUAAUUGUAAAAGCUAUAUCAGAAAAACUGGCUAAUACUUUAGGUGAACAGAUGGUGUCGAGCGGCGAGGACAGCGACUCGGUGUCGUCGCUGGUGUGGUGGCGCGUGCCCACGGCCGCCAGCGUGCGCGCGCUGUACGCGCUGGCGCACUCCGUGGCGCAGCCCGACCGCGGCGGCCUCGUGCACUCCGACGACGUCAUACUGGUGCGGGAAUGCAUGGAAGUCGUCACGAUAUGCAUGGCUCUAGGCGGAGGACAUCUAGAAUCUCUCCUCCACGAGUCUUGGUGGCAAGACACGGCGCUGUACUUAAUGAUCGAUUGCCCGAAUCCCCAGGUGCGCGUGUCGUGCGCGGAGCAGCUGCUGGCGAUGUGCGCGUGGGGCGGCGGCGGCGGCGCGCGCGGCGCGCUGGCGGCGCUGGGCGGCGCGGGCGGCGCCGCGGCCUCGCCGCGCCUCACCGCGCACGCGCGCCACGCGCAGCAGAUCAUGCAGCUGCUGUGCCGCCUCGUGGCGCUCGCCGGGCCCACCUCGCGCACCCUGGACGACCUGAGGAUCGAGGUCGAGUGGCUCCGAGCCGUGCGUUCCGAUCCUUCGACGCUGGAUGACACUUUGCUCGAGGGUCACCUUAACUUAACGAAAGAAUUAUUUACUCAUGUGCCCGCCCAAGUGAAAUACCAGUACGGUGCACACCCAGAUCACCCGGAUUCGGGUCUCAUAAAGGAGGUGACGACGGAGUUCCUGUGGCCGUACUCGUGGGCGUGGUGCCGCAUGGGCGCGGAGGGCGCGGAGCAGGAGCGCGCGGCGCCGCUGUGCCGCACGCCGGGCGCCGCCGCCGCCGCCACGGACCUGCUGCUGGCGCUCGUGGCCGGCUGCGUGGCCAACAUGGCCGCGCUCGCCGACCUGCUCGACCAGAUGUUCUACAGUGAUAAGAGCAUGGGCUUGACGGAGUGGGAGUACAUGCCGUGCGUGGGCCCGCGGCCGCCGGCCGGGCUGGUGGGUCUGAAGAACGCGGGCGCCACGUGCUACAUGAACUCCGUGCUGCAGCAGCUGUACUGCGUGCGCGCCGUGCGCGACGUGCUGCUCGCCGUGCAAGGUGCUGCGACCGACCCGAAUGAAGAUUUUUCGGGAGAAUCCCAUCAUCAUACCAUCAUGGAAAACAACAUAGAGAAUAACAACGAUUAUAACAUCACUAUUUUGAAGCAAGUUCAGGCGAUAUUUGCACAUUUGCAUUUUAGUAAACUUCAGUAUUACGUACCGAGAGGAUUGUGGGCGCAUUUUAGACUCCAAGGAGAACCAGUUAAUUUGCGUGAACAGCAAGAUGCCGUCGAAUUCUUUAUGUCAUUAGUGGAGUCCUUGGAUGAAGCACUAAAAUCUUUAGGUCAAGAACAGCUAAUGGCAAAAACUAUGGGUGGAACCUAUUCCGAUCAAAAAAUCUGUAAAGGUUGUCCUCACAGAUAUUGCAAAGAAGAACCAUUCAGUGUAGUCUCCUUAGAUAUCAGAAAUAUGUCAAGGUUGCAAGAAUCAUUAGAAGCAUAUGUCAGGGGAGAGCUUUUGGAAGGAGCUGACGCAUAUUACUGCGAUAAAUGUAGCAAAAAAGUUGUAACUGUUAAGAGGUUAUGUCUUAACAAACUGCCACCCGUUUUAGUCAUUCAACUGAAGAGGUUUGAAUACGACUUCGAAAAAGUUUGUGCGAUAAAAUUUAAUGACUAUUUUGAAUUUCCUCGGGAGUUAGACGUCGAACCAUAUACAGCGUGGGGACUGGCGCGCGCGGAAGGCGACGCGUCGCUGUGGGAGGGCGCCGAACAUACGCCCGAGACGCACUACCAGCUCAGCGGCAUCGUCGUGCACUCGGGCCAGGCGUCCGGCGGCCACUACUACUCCUACGUGCUGCUCAGAGACAACGGCAGCGAGACGGGUCGCUGGGUGAAGCUGGACGACGGCGAUGUGUCGGAGUGCGCCAUGCACGACGACGAUGAGAUGAAAGCGCAGUGUUUUGGCGGAGAGUACAUGGGCGAGGUUUUUGAUUCCACUAUAAAAAGAGUAUCAUACAAACGCCAGAAGCGAUGGUGGAAUGCCUACAUGCUCUUUUACACAAGGAAGGAUACGAUUGAAACAUCUGGUCUUGAAAAAUCUCUACAAAACAUGACUCUCAAAGAAAGUGCCAUACCAAAACCAAUAUGGAACUCAGUUCGACGUAGUAAUAUUGCGUUUUCACAUAAUCAGGAUCAAUUUAGUCUUGAACAUUUUAAUUUUAUGAAAAAACUUUGUUGCAUGAGGCUUCAGGUACUACCCGGUUCGCAAAGUGCGGGUCCAGAACAUGAAGAAAUGUCAAUGUUAGCAGUGCAGUUAGCAUCCAAAUUCUUAUUUCAAGUUGGUUUCCACACUAAAAAAACAUUGCGUGGUCCACCUUCAGACUGGCAUGAUAUUCUCUGUCAUCAUCUAAGAUGCUCUCAAGCAGUUAGAGCUUGGUUUGCGACCGACCUAUUUAAGCAUCCCCAUAGAUUAUGUGACUAUUUGCUGUCCUGUCCGAUUGCCGAAGUGAGGGUGGUGUUUACAAAAAUUAUAGUAUUUCUAGCACAUUUCUCAGUUCAGGAUCCACCAGGUUAGUCAA